CUAAAGUAAGAUAAGAUUUGUUUUUAAAUGUUUAAAGUCACCUUCACCAUUACUAGAGCAAUAUGCCUCCAUCAUCAGACCACAACUGUUUACAGAAUUAAUUCCAUCCGGUAAUAACACAAAAGAUCACAAUUCAGCCUUUUUCAAACCAUGUAGCAAGCAGCUAUGGCAGAAUCCAGAGAUUACGUUGGAGACUUCCUGACAGAAUUCAAGGAACAGAUAAUUACGAGGGCGACUCGCGUCAGUGACAUUGCUGAGGCUGUAAUCUCCCAAAGUCUGAUCCAUGAAGCAGCAGCUCAAAAAGUGCAGGCUGCUCCAACCCAGCAGGAGGCAAUGCGGCUCCUGUUUGAGGCUUUGGAAAGAGAGCCACCCCUAAACAGUGUGUCCUUCCAUCUCAUCCUGAGAAUGACAGAGCCUGAACUGAUUCAAGAACUAGAGUGGAGACAACGCAAUAGCAAGCAUACGCAAACAGAGAGAACCAGUCCACCCAGUUCUCCCAGAGAAAAAAGAAGACAGGAUGACAAAAAUGGACAUACAAGUGACAUCCAGAAAAGAAAAGACUCUCUAAAAAGGCGUAGACUGGAAACAAUGCGUGCCAUUGAGCAGAUCGAGAAACUUUGGGAAGGAACUAAGCAAGAAAGGGCUGAGAUAGACAACAUGAGACAGAGGAUUCAGCGACAGCAAGAUGAGAUAGUCAGAAUGACCACAGAGAAAAGACAACUUGAGAGAACUAUUACUCACAUGAAAGCCGAGAUGGACCACAUAUGUGAAAGAAUGGAUCGUAAUAAAGAAGAGGUAAAUAGAGAGAGGGAGAGGAUUGAGCAAAUGAGAUCUGACCUUCAAACCGAGCAAACCACCCUGGAGCAAAAGCGUGAUGAAAUCAUGAGAGAGAGACAGAACUUGGAGAUGAUCAGAUAUGAGACUCUGAGACAGAAGGAGGAGCUGGAGAGCAACCGUGAAAGUACAAAGUACGAGAUGGAACGAAUGGAACAAAUGAAAAGUGCCAUACAAGUUCAGAUCAAUGAGAUAGAGAUGAAGAUUGAGGAAACACAGAACGCAAAGUGUCAGAUGGAGCAGAUAAAAGCUGAAAUAGAGGAGGAGAAAAGCGAGUUGGAGAGAAAGAAGUAUGACAUCAAGAGGCAAAGAGACCAAUUUGAGCAGAUUAAAGCUGACAUACAGCAAGUAAAGAUGGAAAUGGAGCAAAGGUGGCAUGAAACAGAGAAAGAAGGGUUGGAACAGAGAGCUAUAAUCCAAAGAGAGAGAGAUGAGCUGAAAUACCUGCAGGACGAGAUUCAGAGAGCAAGAGAAGAGUUUGAAAGAAACAGAGAGUUUUCAAAACAAGAGAAUGAGAGAAUAAACCAGCUGAGAGCUCAAGCACUUACAGAAAACAACCUGAUUGAAAAGAAAUGGCAAGAUGUCUUAAGAAAAGAAAAAGAUCUGGAAGAGAUGAAAUAUGAAAUUGAGAGAGGUCGAGAGGAGUUGGUAAUGAAUGAAGAGCUGGUCAAAAAGGAAUGGGAAAAGAUUGAACAGGCCAAAGUGGACAUACAAAAUCACAUGAUAUCUAUGGAUGCCAGAGUUGAGGAAAUAAAAAGAGAAACUGAUAGGGUGAAACAUUUGAAAAUAGAGAUGCAGAAGGACAAAGAUAUUCUAGAAAAACAGAAGGAUGAUAUACGAAAAGCUAAAGAAGAAAUGGAGAAGAAGAGAUAUGAGGUAGUGACAGAGGAGCUAGAGCACCGAGCUCGACUGCAGAGGGAGAGAGACGAGCUGGAGAGUUUAAGAGUAGAGAUACAAAGGGCUAACGAUAUGGAGAAAGCAAAGAUACAGAAGGAGAAGGAAGAAACUGUUAAAUUAAGAGAAGAAGCCAGACAAGAAAGAGAAAUGACAGAACUGAUAAAAGCAGAGAUCAAGGCUGAAAAAGACAGCUUGAACCGAAGACAAGAGGAGAUGCUGAGGGAGAGAAAAGUGUUAGAAAGAAUGAUACGUGAGACGGACAGAGCCAAAGAGGAGAUCGAGAACAGCCAAGAAGUCACAAUCCGGGAAAAUGAGAAAAUGGAAAAAAUGAAGGCUGAAAUUCAAGGACAAAUUGAAGAUAUUGAGAAGAAAAUUGAGGAGAUCCAAAAAACAAAAGAACAAAUGGAGGAGACAAAGGCUGAGUUGGAGGAAGAGCGGGAGGAGCUGGAAAGAAAGAGAGAAUCGGUGAGAAGAGAGACCGAACAGUGUGAGUUCCUCAGAAGUGAAAUCCUCAAGGUGAAGGAGGAAAUGGAGAGCAGGUGGCAUGAAACAGAGAAAGAGGAAGUCGAACUCAGAGCGAAAACUCAGCAUGAGCUGGAAAGACUGGAAACAUUAAGGGACGAGGUCCAAAGAUCUCAGAAAAACAUUGAGGAGAGCAGGAUGGAGCUCUUGCAGUGGAAGGACAGUCUUGAAAAAAUAAAGGUUCAGGCAGAAGACGACAAACUUGCUGCUAUCAAACAGAUGGAUGAGGCUAAAGCAAAGAGAGAGGAGUUGACAAAAAUGAUAGAAAAGAUGGACAAAGAGCGAGGAGAGAUUAAUAACAGCAGAGAAAAGGCUAAACAAGAAGCAGAUGAAAUCAAAAGCCUGAGAAAUGAGCUACAAAGACAACAGGCAGAAAUAGAGAACAGGUUUAGAGUUGCAAAACAUGAAGAAGAGGAGGUAAGCCUUGCCAAACUUGCAGUCCAAGAGGCUGAGAUGCUCUUAAAAAAGCAAAUGGAAGAGUCAGAAAAGAGACGGUAUGAAACCAUAACAGAGGCGUUGGAGCAAAGAGAUGAAAUACACAAAAAAACAGAGGAGUUAGAACAAAUAAAUGAAGAGAUACAAAGAGCCAGACAUGAGCUAGAAACGUUGAGGCAUUCUGAAAAAGAGAACCUGCAGAAAAUGCUGGAGGAUACACAGCAAGAGAAAGAGUUUGUUGAGCAAAUGAAAAUAGCUGUGCUGAAGGACAAGGGGGAUCAGGAAAAGCGUUUAGCUGAGAUGGACAAGGAGAGAGAGGAGCUGAAACAGAUUAGAGUUCAGGUCCAGAACGAGAAGAAAGAUCUAGAAAAACGAAGGUAUGAAAUGAUGAGAUAUGAUGUAGAACAGAGUGCUCAAGUGCAAAGACAAAGAGAAGAACUUGAGAAGAUCAAGACUCAGCUAGUUCUGGACACAGAGACCAUAAACAGAAGCAGAGAGUUAGCGCAACAAGAUAGAGAGAAAGCUGAACGUCUUAUGAUUGAGAUCCAGGAACAAAGAGAGGAAGUGAAUAAAAGGUUAGAGGAGACAAAACUACGAGAGGACGCUUUGAGGAAGAUGAGAGAGGACAUGGAACACGAGAGAGAAGAUCUGGAGAAGAUCCGUGUGGAAACGCUGAGAGGGAAAGACACAUAUGAAGAGGUCAAGGAUGAGAUUAACAGAGUGAGAGUGGAGAUAGAGAGGUUGUGGGAUGAGGCUGAAAAGGGAGAGCAUGAGGAACGUGAGAGGAUGAACAGGGAGAAGGAGGAGAUGAUGAGGAAGAUGGAAGAUAUGAAGAAGGAGAUGGGUGAGAUUGAAGACAUGAAGAUGAAGUUAACAAAACAGAAGAAGGACAUCGACGUAAAGAUGGAAAAGGCAAGGUUGGAAAUGAAUAAUCUUGAAAAGAUGAAAGCAGACCUCCAAAAACAGAAAGAAGAUAUUGAAAUCCAGAUGAUGGAAGCAAAAAGUGAGAGAUACCAGAUGGAACUGAUGAGGACUGAGAUCUUAAAACAAAAAGAGGAUGUUGAAAGGAAAAUGGAGCUAGCAAAAGCAGAGAUGGAAAAAAUGCAGCUUGUCAAAGAGGAAAUACAAAGACAAAGAGAAGAGCUGGAGCAAAGGAUGCAGAAAACCAAACGAGAGAUUGGAGAAAUGGAGCUGAUGAAGAGAGAAAUGGAAGGGAAAAAGAAAGAACUUGACCAAAGAAUGAAAUUGACCAUGAGGAAGAAGGAAGAGAUGGAACGACUGAGGAUGGAGAUACAAAGGGCAAAAGACGAGAUGGAACAGAAAAGAGUGGAGACGGAGAGGCAGAAAUAUGAAAUGGAGCAAGUUAAAGCUGAAAUCCAAAGAGCGAGAGAGGAGUUUGAACUUAGGAUGGAGGAGAGAGAUUUAGAAGAAGAGAAAGGACAGAUGAACCUCACAAUAAUCAACCUUAUUCAGCAGAUUGAGGGGACGAGAGAAAUGGUGCGGAAAGCAAAAUUCCAGAUUGAAAGCCGAAUGGCAGGAAGUCAGAUGGAGACAACAGACCAAGAGGAGAUGAAUGCUGAGAUGCAGAGGCUCAUUCUGGAAAUUGAACACAUCCGCGAAAUGCUGCGAGGUCUUAAGGCUGAGGUAGAACACAACAAGGAAAUGAUGAAGAGAGACAGGGAUGAGAUGAGACUGUUGAAGAAAGAAGUUCAACGAAGGAGAAGAGAGAUUGAAUAUAGAGAAGAAAGGAUUAUGAGAGAACGAGAUGAACUAGAACUCAUGAGAAAUAUGAUGCAGCGGCAAAGAGAAGAACUGGAGGAGAGGCUGGAGGAGACAAUUAAAGAGAAUGAUAUGGUGGAGCAGAUGAGAGAAGAUGUGAAAAAUGCUUUGGAGGACAUAGAACAGGCAAAAGAAGAGAUAAAGAGACAGAAAGAACUCAUUGCUCUAGAAAAGACAGGCAAAGAAAAGGUUCAACCAGCCAUCAUUCCAACCGAGAGCAAGGAGUAUGCAAAAACAGAAGAACCAGCUGCCAUUAAAGUGGAAGACUUUGUGAGUGAUAUACAGAGAGAAAUACAAGAACUGGAACAAUAUAAAGAAAUCAUUUUAAAAGAGAAACAUGAACUAGAGAAAACUAAGGAGGAUGUACAAGCGGUAAAGAAUGAAGCUGAAGAGAGGAUGGCAAAAUUACAAGAGGAGGAAACAGAGAUGGAAAAGAAACGAGUGAGUCUACAAAACUGGGAAAGACUGCUGCAAUCAGAGAGAGAAGAACACCAGAGAGGUUUAGAUAUAAUAUGGAAAGAGAAAGAGCAGCUGGAUCAAAGAAAGAAAGAACUAGAGAGUAUGGAAGUAAAUCUACAGAGAGAGAAAUGUGAAUUGGAAAAAACAAGAUUGAUGGAGAUUAAACAAGUUGAUGUGCAAGUCCAAACUGAUGUGAUGUAUGAUAGAGGAAAAUAUCAGAUGAUCUUGGCUAUGGAGGAGCUGGAUAAAGAGCGACAGGCUCUGGAGUAUUUCAAAGAAGACUUGCUUGCACAAAAAAGUACAAUUGAGAGACAACUGGCAGAAAUAAAAAUGAGCAAGAAUGAAUUUUUGCUCAAAGAAGCCGCACUGCAAACUGCAACAAAAAAUGCAGCAGAUAUAGAGUUACAAUUAGAGCUGCGAAAACAGGAGCAACAACGAACAAAAGAUGAGCUGGAAAAGACAAAGCUAGAAAUACAAAAACGAUCGGGUGACCUGCAGGCUGAGAUUACAGAAAGCAGAGAAAAAGAGGACAUGAUAAGAACAGAAUUAGAAAAAGCAAGAGAUGUCCUAAAUCACAUUCGACAGGAUAUAGAAAAACAAAAGCAAACCAUGGAGGCUGACCUAAAAGACACUUUUGCUAGAGAACUAGAAGACAUAGAAGCUCAGAGAAAAAGGAUAGAGGAUGAAAAGAGAAUGUUACAGAACAUGAAAUAUGAGCUGCAAAAAGAGUCUAGUGAUAUCGAAAGAUUAAAACAGGAUGUGCAGAAAGAAAGGCAGAACAUGGAGAAAUGGGCAGAGCAGCUUAACCAAGAGAGGGAGGAACUAGAAAAGAAAAUGUGUAAUAUGCAACAAAUACAAGCAGAAAUAGCGAGAGAAAAGAAAGAUCUAGAGAACCUGAGAGAGGAGAAUGAGCUGACAUUAAAGGAGAUCAAAAUGGAGAGAGACACUCGAGAGAAAAUAAAUGAACUCAUUUUACAGCAAAAAGAUGAUUUUGAGAAUGAGAAGGAGGAAAUAAAGAAAAGAGAACAUGAACUGCAGCAAAUGCAGGCUGAUAUUAACAGACAACAAAAAGACAUGCAGGAUAUUCAGAAUAUAGUUUUAAUGCAAAAAAGUCAACUUCAGGAAACACAAGAUGAAAUACUUGAAAAGCUAAAACAGGUGGAAGACAUCAGGCAGUUCACACAAAAUGAAAAAGACAAUCUUGACCGAGAAAGGGCGGCUAUAAUGGAACAGAAGCAGCAGAUGGAGAGCAACUUGACAGAGGCAUUAAACAGAGAACUAGAAACUGUGGAGCUUGUGAAAAAAGAGGUACUAAAUGAGAAGCGACUUAUUGAGGACUGCAGAAUAGCUUUAAUGAGAGAUAUAGAAGAUCUGGAGCAGAAGAAAAUCAAUUUGGGUUGUCAGGCAGAGGAGAUAAAAUUACAAAGACAAAUUAUUGCAGAAGAGAAAAGCAAGUUGGAACAGACUGAAUCUGUGCUGCAAAGAGUAGCUGAAGAUACUGAGAAGCUAAGACAAGAUACACUAGCUGAAAGACAGAAACUUAAAAACACUGCUGUGCAACUUCAGAAAGAGAGAGAUGCCAUUGUGAGCCUUGCAGAGGAGACAAAAAGAAAGAGAGAGGACCUGGAUAAAAUGCAAGCUGAUGUAGAAAAGCAGGAAAAAGCAUUUGAGAUACUGAAGGUCAUGAAGGCUGAUCUGCAAAAAGAAGGCGGUGCCAUUGAAAAUUUAAGACAAGCUGUUCAAAAUGACAUACAAAACGUAAAAGAUAUGGAAGCCAAAAUUCAAAAAGAAAGGCAAUACAUUGAUAGUCUUGUUGAAGAGAUUGAAAAGAGGUCGAAAGCUCUGGAUGAGAUGCACAUUGAGGUUGAAAAAGAAAAGCAAUAUGUUGAGUCUGAGAGAGAUUUGUUAGAACAGGAAAAGUCUAAGCUCAGAGAUCUCAAAGAUGAAUUUGCACAGCAAAAAGAACAGAACAUUAUUAUACUGGCAGAGAUAGAGAAAGAAAGACACAACCUUGUGCAGAUAAGUGAAACCAUCUCAAAUCAAAGGUGCAUUAUUGAAAGUGAUAAAGAAAAUUUAAGACGGAGAGAAAAUGAACUGAAACAAAAAGAAGCAGAGAUUGAAAACAAACAAAAACAAAUAGAUGAGUUGAAGAGAAGUUUAAGAAUGGAAAAGAUGCAAGUCGAGCAGAUGCAAGCUGACCAAGAUCAACAAUGGACAGUUGCACAUGAAAAAAUAGAAUACGUUAAGACUGCAAGAGAUAGAGACGCAGCCGAUCUGGAGAAAGAGAGACAGGAAAUGGAGAAUUUGAGAGAAGAACUGAGGGUGGAAUAUGAAAAUGUGGAGCUCCAAAAUAAAUAUUUAAUUGAGCAAAAAGAAGUAUUUGAAAGCCGCAUAAAAUCACUAGAAAUGGAUGAAACUGACCUGAAUAUACAUACAUCACAACUUCAUGCAAAACGGAAAGAAAUAGAAGAUAUUCAGGAUGUUGUCAUGAAAGAGAAGAGAGAGCUUAAUGAAAGACAGGCUGAAAUGGAAAAGCAAAAGAGAGAAUUAGAGAAUGUGAUGGACAGACUUGAAAAAGAUAGGACUAAUGUAAUGGAAGAAAGACAAAGAGUUAAUGGAAUUGCAGUAGAACUGAAGAGGGAAAGUGAAACAGUGGAGCUGAUGAAACAAGAAGUGCUCAGAGAAAAAGAAUCUAUUGAAAACAGCAGGCAAAUACUGAACAAAGAUCUAGAGGAUAUAAAAGAAAAUAGAAUCAUCUUAGCUGAGGAGUUUGAGACCUUAAACUACCAGAAACAAUUGACUGGCAAAGAAAAGCAGGAAUUUGAUCAAAUUAAAAAUGAGCUCCAACAAGAAAAGGAAAUUAUUGCUAAACUAAGGCAAGACAUAGAAAAUGACAGGCAGAAGGCUGAGGAAAUGGCGAUCAAACUUCAAAAAGAAAAGGAAGAUAUAGAUAUUUAUUUUGCCAGGAUAAGAUCAGAUGAAGGAGAUCUAAGAAAACAAAAACAAUCAAUUGAAUCUGAUAGUGACACUCUUAAAAAGGACAAGUCUGACCUGGAGAAAACUAAAGCAGAGAUAGCCAGAGCAAAAGUAGAUCUUGACAACCAAAUUGAAUCUCAUAAAAGACAAAAUGAGGUAACAUUGGCAGAGAUACAGAAAGAGAAACGCAUUCUUGAGCAGUUAAGAAUGAACAUAUCACAACAGAGAGAUGAUCUAGAAAAGGACAUUGAACAAACAAGAUACAAACAAGCAGAGCUGCAAAGUCUAAAAAUGGAAAUUCAGAAAGAGCAAACAGAGAUAGAUGAGCAGAAGGUGAUGAUUGCACUAGAGAAGAGUGGGCUAAAAGACAUUAAAGCUCAAAUAGAUAAACAGAAUAAAGAUAUAGAUGAAACCAAAGAACAGAUUAAAAAGGAGAGAGAUGAUAUUGAGAGAGAAAAGGCAGAAUUAAUGAAUCAAAAACAACAUAUGGAGGUAAAUUUGAGGCAAGAACUAAAAAUGGAGAGUGAAAAGUUAGAGCUGCUCAGAAAGGAGUUGUCUGAUGUAAAGGAAGGAAUCGAAAACUGCAGGAAAAGCAUAAAAACAGACAUGGAUACCGUGGAACAAACAAAGCUUGAUGUGGUGAAAGAGUUGGAGAAUAUUAAGCUUCAGAAACAAAUGAUUGAGGAUGAGAAAGAUAUGAUUGAGCAGAUAAAAUCAGAUCUAAAAAGAGAAUCUGAAGACAUUGAAAAGAUAAAAGUAGAGACACAAAAUGAAAGACAGAAGCUUAAGGAAGCAACAACCCAACUUAAGAAAGAUAGAGAUAAUGUUGAGAGUCUUGCAGAGGAACUUGACAGGAAAAAAGUGACACUAGAAUAUAUGCAUCAGGAAACUGAAUUGCAAAGAAAAGCAAAUGAGUCUAAUAAACAGAUGCAGGAAAGGGCUCUACUUGAGCUGAAGAAAACUGUGACAGAUAUAGCAAGAGCGAAGGAGGAUCUUGAAAACCAGCUCGUUGAAGAAAGAGAAAAGAACAAGAUCACACUAGCAGAAAUACAGAAAGAAAAAGACAUGCUUCUUCUACUGAGCGAUAGUAUUUCAGAGCAACAGGACAACAUUGCAAAUGAGAGACAACAAAUGAGUCUGAGAGAGACUGAACUUGAAAAACUCCAAGCUCUGAUUUAUAGACAGCAAAAUGAAGUGGAAGCCACACGAAAAGCUCUCACAAUGGACAAAGACAGACUUGAAAAGAAGACAACUGAAAUAGAUCAAAAACAGAGGAAAGUAAAUGAAAUCAUGGAAUUUACAACAGGAGAAAAGGCUUAUAUUGAGAAAGAGAAGUCUGACAUGCUAGCACAGAAACACCAAAUGGAGACUGAACUGGAAGUCAACAGGGUAGAACUGAAUAAUGAAAAAGAAUUAAUUGAGGAAAGGACCCAAAUGUUGAAAACAUACAAUGCUGACAUAGACGAAAAAAGAGCAGCCCUAGAUAGAGAGAUAAAGGAGCUUCAAUAUCAUAAAAAAGCUAUUCGAGAUGAGAAGGAUGAUGUAGAACAGAUGAAGAUAGAGCUGCAAAGACAAACUGAAGAUAUGAGAAGGCAAAAAGAGGAAACACAAAUUGAAAGACAGAGUUUGGAAAAGAUGGCUGAACAACUUCAGAAGGAGAAAGAAGAUAUUGUUAAUCUUGCUGAAGAUACAAAGAGAAAGAAUGAGAUACUGGAUGAAAUGAAAGUAUUACAUGAGUCCACAUUAGAAAAACAGGACAUGAUGACUGAGCUGAAAAAGAAGUCUGAAGAUGUUGAGCUUCAGUUGAAGGAGAUAUUGACUGAAAAGGAAAUGUUGGAAAAUGAUAGACAACUGCUGAAGAGAGACAUGGAAGAUCUGCAACAAAAACUAGUUAAUGUAGACAGAGAUUCAGAGAGUCUGAAACUUGAGAGAGAAGCUUUGGAGAACGAGAAGGAAGUAAUAAAACAGAUCAAAACUGACCUGCAACAAGAAACACAAGAGUUUAAGAAGAUCAAACUACAAACACAAGAUGAAAGACAAAAACUGGAGGAAAUGACAGCUCAACUCCAGAAAGAGAGAGAAGAAAUCAACAAUCUCAUUAAGGAGACAGAAAGAAAAGGCAUGGUCUUGAAUGAAAUGAACACAGAAAUUGAAGUGAAAACUAAAGCCAUUCAAUCUGAUAGAGACAUGCUUGAGAAAGAAAAACAUGAAUUGGAGAAAACCAAACAUGAACUUGCUAAAAUCAAAGAAGAUCUUGAAAAGCAAUUUGCUGAGCAAGCAGAAAAGAAAGAAUUAAUUCUGGCAGAGACACAGAAAGAGAGAGACACCUUAAAGGAGAUGAAUGAGACCAUCACAAGACAAAUACAUGAUAUUAAAAAUCAAGAGGAACAAAUGAGACAAAAACAGCAUGAACUUGAGCAACGGCACACUGAAAUUCAGGAUCUGCAGAGAGAAAUAGACAAUGACAGAAACAUUAUAAUAAAAGACAGAAUUCAGCUUGAUCUGAGACAAUCUGAGCUAGACAAACAACAGACAGAAGUGAAUGAUAUUAUGGAAAAAAUGAGGAAUGAGAGAAGCCAACUAGAUGAAGAUAAAAAAGAGAUUGAAGAACAGAAACAGCAAAUAAAGAAAGAAAGAGAUGAUGUAGACCAAAGCAGAAAAGAUCUGACCGCAGACCUAAAGAUGGUGACACUUCAGAAACAAGUGUUUGAAGAUGAGAAGAACAAGUUAGAACAGAUGAAGAUUGAGCUGCAAAGAGAAGUGGAUGAUAUCAGAAAGCUCAAAGAAGAAACACAAAAUGAGAGAAAGAGUCUGGAAAAGAUGGCCGAAAAACUUCACAAAGAGAAAGAAGAUAUUGCUAAUCUUGCUGGAGAUACAAAGAGGGAAUAUGAGAUUCUGGAUGAAAUUAAAGUUGGAAAUGAGUCUUUAAUGGCAGAUCUACAAAGAGAGAAAAACAAUCUUGAGCAAAUGAGAUUGAACAUCUCCAAACAAAUUGAUGAUAUUGAAAAUGAGAAAGAGAAAAUAAGACUGAGACAAGAUGAACUAGAUCAACUACAAGCAGAGAUUCAUAAACGACAAAGUGAAAUGAAAAAGGAAAAGAACAACAUUGAAAGUGAAAGAGCUGCAAUGACCAGAGAAAAACAGGACAUGAUGACUGAGCUGAGAAAGAAGUCUGAAGAUGUUGAGCUUCAGAUGAAUGAGGUAUUGACUGAAAAGGAAAUGUUGGGAAAUGAUAGACAACUGCUGAAGAGAGACAUGGAAGAUCUGCAACAAAAACUAGUUAAUGUAGACAGAGACUCAGAGAGUCUGAAACUUGAGAGAGAAGCUUUGGAGAACGAGAAGGAAGUAAUAAAACAGAUCAAAACUGACCUGCAACGAGAAACACAUGAGAUUGAGAAGAUCAAACUACAAACACAAGAUGAAAGACAAAAACUGGAGGAAAUGACAGCUCAACUCCAGAAAGAGAGAGAAGAAAUCGACAAUCUCAUUGAGGAGACAGAAAGAAAAGGCAUGGUCUUGAAUGAAAUGAACACAGAAAUUGAAGUGAAAACUAAAGCCAUUCAAUCUGAUAGAGACACGCUUGAGAAGGAAAAACAUGAUCUUGAGAAAAUCAAAAGUGAACUUGCUAAAGCCAAGGAGGAUCUUGAAAAAGAAAGAGAAAAGCAAGGAAUCAUUCUGGCAGGGAUACAGAAAGAGAGAGACAACCUAGAGGAGAUGAACGAGACCAUCACAAGACAGAUACAUGAUAUUAAAAAUCAAGAGGAACAAAUGAGACAAAAACAGUAUGAAUUCGAACAACUGAAAACUGAAAUUCAAAAUCAGAAACAGGAACUAGACAAUGACAGAAACAUUAUAAUAAAAGACAGAAGUCAGCUUGAUCUGAGACAAUCUGAGCUAGACAAACAACAGACAGAAGUGAAUGAUAUUAUUGAUAAAAUGAGGAAUGAGAGAAGCCAACUAGAUAAAGAUAAACAAGAGAUUGAAGGACAGACACAGCAAUUGAAGAAAGAAAGAGAUGAUGUAGACCAAAGUAGAAAAGAUCUGACCGAAGACCUAAAGAUGGUGACACUUCAGAAACAAGUGUUUGAAGAUGAGAAGAACAAGUUAGAACAGAUGAAGAUUGAGCUGCAAAGAGAAGCGGAUGAUAUCAGAAAGCUCAAAGAAGAAACACAAAAUGAGAGAAAGAGUUUGGAAAAGAUGGCUGAAGAACUUCACAAAGAGAGAGAAGAUAUCGUUCAUCUUGCUGAAGAUACAAAGAAAAAUAAUAAAAUUAUGGAUGAAAUGAAAGUUGCAAAUGAGUCUUUAAUGGCAGAUCUACAAAUAGAGAAAAACAAUCUUGAGCAAAUUAGAUUGAACAUCUCCAAACAAAUUGAUGAUAUUGAAAAUGAGAAAGAGAAAAUAAGACUGAGACAAGAUGAACUAGAUCAACUACAAGCAGAGAUUCAUAAACAACAAAGUGAAAUGAAAAAGGAAAAGAACAACAUUGAAAGUGAAAGAGCUGCAAUGAUCAGAGAAAAACAGGACAUGAUGACUGAGCUGAGAAAGAAGUCUGAAGAUGUUGAGCUUCAGAUGAAUGAGGUAUUGACUGAAAAGGAAAUACUGGAAAAUGAUAGACAACUGCUGAAGAGAGACAUGGAAGAUCUGCAACAAAACAUAGUUGAUGUAGACAGAGAUUCAGAGAGUCUGAAACUUGAGAGAGAAGCUUUGGAGAACGAGAAGGAAGUAAUAAAACAGAUCAAAACUGACCUGCAACGAGAAACACAUGAGAUUGAGAAGAUCAAACUACAAACACAAGAUGAAAGACAAAAACUGGAGGAAAUGACAGCUCAACUCCAGAAAGAGAGAGAAGAAAUUGACAAUCUCAUUGAGGAGACAAAACGAAAAGGCAUUGUCUUUGAUGAAAUGAACACAGAAAUUGAAGUGAAAACUAAAGCCAUUCAAUCUGAUAGAGACAUGUUUGAGAAAGAAAAACAUGAACUGGAGAAAACCAAACAUGAACUUGUUAAAAUCAAAGAAGAUCUUGAAAAGCAAUUUGCUGAGCAAGCAGAAAAGAAAGAAUUAAUUCUGGCAGAGACACAGAAAGAGAGAGACACCUUAAAGGAGAUGAAUGAGACCAUCACAAGACAAAUACAUGAUAUUAAAAAUCAAGAGGAACAAAUGAGACAAAAACAGCAUGAACUUGAGCAACGGCACACUGAAAUUCAGGAUCUGCAGAGAGAAAUAGACAAUGACAGAAACAUUAUAAUAAAAGACAGAAUUCAGCUUGACCUGAGACAAUCUGACCUAGACAAACAACAGACAGAAGUGAAUGAUAUUAUGGAAAAAAUGAGGAAUGAGAGAAGCCAACUAGAUGAAGAUAAAAAAGAGAUUGAAGAACAGAAACAGCAAAUAAAGAAAGAAAGAGAUGAUGUAGACCAAAGCAGAAAAGAUCUGACCGAAGAUCUAAAGAUGGUGACACUUCAGAAACAAGUUUUUGAAGAUGAGAAGAACAAGUUAGAACAGAUGAAGAUUGAGCUGCAAAGAGAAGCGGAUGAUAUCAGAAAGCUAAAAGAAGAAACACAAAAUGAGAGACAGAGUCUGGAAAAGAUGGCCGAAAAACUUCACAAAGAGAAAGAAUAUAUUGCUAAUCUUGCUGGAGAUACAAAGAGGGAAUAUGAGAUUCUGGAUGAAAUUAAAGUUGGAAAUGAGUCUUUAAUGGCAGAUCUACAAAGAGAGAAAAACAAUCUUGAGCAAAUGAGACUGAACAUCUCCAAACAAAUUGAUGAUAUUGAAGAUAAGAAAGAGAAAUGAAACUCAAAGAAGAUGAA